AUGUAUGUAGCUGAGAAUUUGACUCGAUUGAAUAAAAUCUCUGUAGUUACAGAAUAUGAUGGUCAAACGGUUGAAUCGAUUGGACGAUUUAGUAUGUCAGGACAAGAUAUAGAAAUAGAGAAUAAGAAUUCAAAGUAUAUUACAAAGAUACAUUUACCAAUAAUAAUACAAGAACAAGAACAACCACGAAUAUCAGGACUUCUGAUACCUACAGGAGGUAUAUUAAGCUUUUCAUUAAAUCUCUCAUCAAAUCCAAAUGAUUCUCAUGACCAUGGAGAAUCAUUUAUGACUCAAACUAAUCAAUUGUGGUCUUGUAAAGAUCUUAAAUUAAAGACUCCAAAAAUAGAUACAUACAAUCAAUUCAAUUUUAAUUGUCUAUCAUGUAAUAAUAUCUUAAUAGAUUCAAAGAAUUAUAAGUUUCUUGAUAUGCCAUCUGAAUUUUGGUAUGAAUUAAUGGAUUUUUGGCAUUGUCAUAAACCAGAUAAUCAUGAUGAACAUGAUAAAAAUUAUAAUGCAUCUCUUAGACCUCCUGAUGAUAAGAGUAUUAUAAUUGGUAGUAAUUAUUUAUUAAUUAAUAAGUGUGAAAAAAUAGAAAUUUUAAAUGCAAAAGUGAUAUGUCAUCAAUGUAAAUCUUUAAUUGGAGAGAUAUACGAGAAUACAGCUAGAAUAUUUAAAUGGAAAAUAUAUUUACUGUAUGAAAAAUCAGGUAAGAUAAAGGAGACAUUUUCAUCUUAUUUCUUUGUCUAUGAUUUAUUUAUUAAUAGAAUUAAUUCAACGGCUUCGAGAAAAUUUAAAUUUAUUAUUGAUAAUGUUGCUUACUAUUUUUGGGUUUUAGGAGUUGGAAUUAAUGUAUCUGUUGAAGAAGAAGUACUUGGAAAUGCUUUAAAAUUAGUUUUCCGUAGUAAUGAUCAAGUUGAUCAACUUGAUCAAGAUGAUGAUGAUGAAUAUGAAUACUUAGCUAUACCACUUUUACAACUACAUUAUGAGAAUUAA